AUGAGUCUGUUUAGGAGAGCGGCAGGUGUUCAAUCAGCCACAGCUCCUUGGGGGGCUGAUUUUGUGCCACCAGAACAGCUAUAAUUUCAUGCCCAAAAUUGCCCAAGUCUCACUUUUCCCCAUUUUUUUGCAGACAGUGGAUCAGGGACAGCACUGGUCCCCACCAGCCCGGACCCUCUUGCUGCAGAUGAGUUGAUGGACAAGAUGGUUGGUGGAGCUGGGGAGUUUGGGCACACCAUGGAUUCAGACAGUGGAGCCAAAGGACGUGGGCAUGCCGUGGGUUCAGACAGUGGAGCUGGAAUGCUUGGCCAUGCCAUGGGUUCAGAUGGUGGAGCUGGAAUGCUUGGCCAUGCCACUGCCCUCAACCUGCUGCCGGCCACGGAGGAUGGCACAGAUCCUGCAGUGGAGAAGACAACACUGCUGGUGCAGAGCCGCCUCCUGCCAACACCCACCAGCACCCCUGAUGCAAAGCAAACUUUCCCUGUUAAGAAAAAGCCACCUGCUCUAAAGCACAUCAACAUGGCAAGGAAGCACCUGAGGCCCAAGCCCACCCCAGCAGGGCCCCCCAGGGCUGCCUCCCUGGCCACUCCACUGAGUUCCAGGCUUCCUGCUGCUUCCCACAAGCUGCAUACUCCAGCAGAGGCAGUGACAGGCAUGCGAGGCACAGAGCAGGGCCCCUCCGAGCUGCCCUGGGAGGCCCAGGCCACCACCAGCCUCCCUGUGCUGCAGAUCUCCCCGUCCACCCUGCCACCUGCAGCCCCUCGGCCCGUCCCCGACGGCGCAGGCGAUGCUGGUGAGGCUCCGACCCCAGCUCCCACCAGCACUGCCAUUGACUGGAUGAAGGGUGUGGAGAGUGAGGUGCAUGGCUCCACCUCAGAGGAGAGCCAAGAAACCACCACAUCCACCAUUGUCACCACCACUGUCACCACCACGGAGCCCACCCCAGUCCUCUGCAGCAUGAGCUUCCACGACCCUGAGGGCUACAUCGACUCCACGGACUACCCACCACUGCCCCGGCACAGCUACCUGGAGUGCACCUACAACGUCACCGUCUACACGGGCUACGGCGUCGAGCUCCAGGUGAAGAGUGUGAACCUGUCUGAUGGGGAGGUGCUCUCCAUCCGGGGGGUGGACGGCGAUGCCCUGGUGGUCCUGGCCAACCAGACCCUGCUGGUGGAGGGCCAGGUGAUCCGCAGCCCCACCAACACCAUCUCAGUCUAUUUCCGCACCUUCCAGGAUGAGGUGGUGGGGACCUUCCAGCUCCACUACCAGGUGUUUAUGCUGAGCUGCAACUUUCCACGGAGACCUGAUUUUGGCGACGUCACCGUGAUGGAUUUGCACUCGGGUGGAAUUGCUCAUUUUCACUGUCACCUGGGCUACGAGCUGCAGGGCCCCAGGGUGCUCACGUGCAUCAAUGCAUCGAGGCCGCACUGGAGCAGCCCAGAGCCCAUAUGCUCAGCUCCCUGUGGUGGGACAGUCCGCAAUGCCACCAUCGGCCGCGUCCUCUCGCCCACCUACCCUGGGAACCAGUCGAGCAGCAUGUACUGCGUGUGGGCCAUCGCAGCCCCCCCGGGCCAGAAGCUGCACCUCCACUUCGAGAAGCUCCUGCUGACUGAGAAGGACAGGAUGGUGGUGUACAGUGGGGACACGAACCAGUCUGCUGUCCUCUACGACUCGCUGCGUGCUGACAGCGUGCCCUUCGAAGGGGUGAUCAGCGACGGCUCCUCCAUCCGGAUCGAAUUCCUCGCGGAGGAGCCCGCGGCUGCCACAGCUUUCAACAUACGCUUUGAAGCCUUUGAGAGGGGCCACUGCUACGAGCCCUACAUCCAGAAUGGGAACUUCACCACCUCUGACCCCACCUACAACCUGGGCACCACUGUGGAGUUCACUUGUGACCCCGGGCACUCCCUGGAGCAGGGCCCUGCUGUCAUCGAGUGUGUCAACAUGCGGGACCCGUACUGGAACGACACGGAGCCGCUGUGCCGAGCCAUGUGUGGGGGGGAGCUGACAGCCGUGGCCGGGGUGAUCUUGUCCCCCAACUGGCCAGAGCCCUACGCCGAGGGGGAGGAUUGCGUCUGGAGGGUCCAUGUUGGCGAGGAGAAGCGGCUCUUCCUGGACAUCCAGCUCCUGAACCUCAGCAACAGUGACAUCCUCACCAUUUACGACGGGGACGAGCUCACCGCCCGCAUCCUGGGGCAGUACGUGGGCAGCAGCGGGCCCCAGAAGCUCUAUUCCUCCAGCCCUGACCUCACCAUCCAGUUCCACUCGGACCCUGCUGGGCUCAUCUUUGGGAAGGGACAAGGAUUCAUCAUGAACUACAUAGAGGUGUCCCGCAAUGACUCCUGCUCUGACCUGCCUGAGAUCCAGAAUGGCUGGAAGACCACGUCACACACGGAGCUGGUGAGAGGGGCCAAGAUCACCUACCAGUGCGACCCAGGCUAUGACAUCGUGGGGAGCGACACCCUCACCUGCCAGUGGGACCUCAGCUGGAGCAGUGACCCCCCCUUCUGCGAGAAGAUCAUGUACUGCACGGACCCAGGGGAGGUGGAGCACUCCACCCGCCUCAUCUCGGAUCCGGUGCUGCUGGUGGGGACCACCAUCCAGUACACCUGCAACCCCGGCUUCGUGCUGGAGGGCAGCUCCCUGCUCACCUGCUACAGCCGCGAGACAGGGACGCCCAUCUGGACCUCGCGGCUCCCACACUGCGUCUCUGAGGAGUCACUGGCCUGUGAUAAUCCAGGACUGCCAGAAAAUGGCUACCAAAUACUUUACAAGCGCCUCUACUUGCCAGGAGAGUCCCUGACCUUCAUGUGCUAUGAAGGCUUUGAACUCAUGGGGGAGGUGACCAUCAAAUGCAUCCUGGGCCAGCCGUCCCACUGGAGCGGACCCCUGCCCAUCUGCAAAGUGAAUCAAGACAGCUUUGAACACGCUCUGGAAGCAGAAGCUGCUGCAGAGACAUCGCUGGAGGGGGGAAAUAUGGCCUUAGCCAUUUUCAUCCCCGUGCUGAUCAUCUCCUUGCUGCUGGGAGGAGCAUACAUCUAUCUCACAAGGUGUCGGUACUACUCCAGCCUGCGCCUGCCCCUCAUGUAUUCCCACCCCUACAGCCAGAUCACGGUAGAAACCGAGUUCGACAACCCGAUUUAUGAGACAGGGGAAACCAGAGAAUAUGAAGUUUCAAUAUAAGGACAGUGGUAAGAGAGUCUCCGGCUGCGAACUUAAUGUGCUCUCAUAGAACUUCCUCAGUAACUAAUCCAGAGACCACGUGGAGUUUGGUUGGACCCCUGGACCUGCUGUUGUCUUUCCUUUUGCCUCUUUAUUGAAGAUUUUACUGUUUUCUUCACUGUAUUUAUUCUAUUUAAACUGGGAUAGGUGUGCUGCAGAGCCCCAGGCGCAGGCAACAGCGGGAGCCGGGGCAGGGCCGGGUCCCGGCAAGGCCAGGGUGGCAUGGGGGCACCCACUGUCCCCCCACAAAGCCCCCAUCACAGCCCAUACACAUGCAGGGGGAGGGGGUUUGAGUUCUGAUGUUGUUAAAAAUUAAACAUGUCUCCAUUGCAAGAGCCUGCAGUCGAUUGCUGGGAGCCGAGGCAGGCGCAGGGUUCUCCGCAGGGUCCCUCUGGAGCUGCCGGCCCCUCCUGUCCUGCAGCUCCCUGCUCCAUGAACCCCGAGCCCGACCCACAGCUGGGGGCUCAGGAGCUCCUGUGCCACCGGCACAGGGACCAUCCUCUCUGCAGGGAAGCAGAGCAUGGCUCGGGAAAGCUGCUGGCCAGCAGAGCCCUGCUUGCCACGCUGGGGAGCAAGGAUCAGCCUGGCACGCAGCAGGGACCUGCCACUUUCUUUUCCCACUUUGCUCUGGAGGCAGCGAGCUGGGACCCAUCCUUCUACAGAGGAGCAUUAACCAGAGACCCCAGCAGGACAAGCCUCUGGAGCUGCUGGAAGCCCCAGCAGCCAACAGGAGCUCUGCAGCCAGUGCCACUUCACUCGUGCCAGUUGUUCCUCUAUAGUGACACCUCCCGUGGCCUCGCCAGGAAAACCCUGGACCUGCCAGUGGCAGAAGGUCACCCCGAGCCCCCCCGUAGCGUCUCAGGGUAAGCAGGACAGACUGGGCUCUCUGCCACCCCUCCCAUGGCUGCAGGGCUACUCUUUGCUGCAGGGGGGUCCUGCUGCCCACCCCAGUGUGUGGGCAAAGAUCGGGCAGCACAGCCCACCCGGGGUCCCCUGGACCACGGCUCCCACCUGAGACCUCCGGGGUUGGCACCUUGCUGGGCAGAAGAGGGAGAGGGGCAGGGGAUGAAGGCAGAGGUUUGUUGGGAAAGGACAGGCAGGCAGUUUGCCUGGACUCUGGCAAGGAGAGACAAGUCCAUGGGGAGAAGAACAGGUAAAUAUGGGCCCAUCAAAACUGGUCCCACCACAGGUGAACCCCAGCUCGAGUCUCAGCAUCCUCUAUUGUCACCAUCCCUGAAGAAAUUUAAAAGCCAUGUGGAUGUGGCAUGGAGGGACACGGGUUAGUGGUGGCCUUGGCACUGCUGGGAUAAUGGUUGGACUUGAUGAUCUUCAAAGUCUUCUCCAACCAAAAUGAUUUGAUGAUUCUAUGACCCCCUGCGCUCCUUCGCUACCUUCACCUUGCCAAAGCCAGAGUCAGGUGGGGCUGUCCUCAUCCACAGGGACACGAACCCCCAGAAGGACCAUCUCCUCCCCAGGCACCCCAUGCCACUGGCCCCCCAGCCAGGUCUGGGUGAGGGCAGCAAAGCCACCAACAAGAUGUCCUUGGCUGCUGGUGUCUUUCUUUCGUCCUUGUAGAACAGCAAUUGUAACCACAGGAGGCUGGUUUAGUUUUGGGAUGGUUAGUGCAUAUCUGCAGUGUACAGCUGAGACUUAGGGGUUUUUUCCUUUAAAAACAAUGAAUGUGUGUUUGUAAUUUGUAAAGGUUAAAAAAAAGAAAAAAAGAAAAAAAAAAUGUGCCAAAAAUGUACUAAGCAUUUCAUUUCCCUUCAUACAUGUCUGUUUUUAUAAGAACAAUGUGAAAACUGCUGGGAUUAAAUAUUUUUGAACAUGA